AAGGCACCUGGGAAAGCCUUGAGAACCUAGAGAGCCUUGGAGCCCAGUGGCCAGUUCAGAGGGGUGAGGAGGUGGGAAGGAAAUGAGAUGGAGUUGAGGAGGGACUGAUGGAGAGGUGAGGCCUGGAACCAGCCUUCCUCCAGGUUUAGAGGCAAGAGCAGCUCCAUGGGAGGCUUACCCUGCCACCUAGUGCCCACAGGCAUUUUUACUCAAGCUCCUGUCCUUUCUUCAGGGUUUAGAAAGAAGCCCUCCUAUUCCAAUUAUUAUCUUCAUACAAAAUAGUCCCUCCCCUGGACCUAGAUGGAUUUUGCUGAAAGCUAUCAAGGGUCACUGUUACUACCUUUAGUUCAUAUGCUUCUCAUUUUUGGCAAGUGUGACCUGUUCAUCCAUCCACCCAACAUCUACCUACCCAUACAUGCAUUCAUUCAUCUAUCAACCCACAUACUCCUUGUUAGUCUAUAUAUCCAUCUAUCCAUUCCCCAUUCAUCCAUGGUCCCAUCUAGACAAUCACUAUCUCUACCUGUCCACCCUUCUAUUCAGACCCUCAUUGUAAUCCUACUCCAGGAUAAGCACUGUGGAAGCCCUGGAACACAGAAAGAACCAGAAAAAGUGCCUAUUCUGAGCACUCAGGGCCUGUAUGGGAAGAAAUUGCCAUUUCUGUGUGGCUUCAGUCUUUGCAGACAUCCCUAAAACACAGCUCCUAUUCUGUGCCCAGGGAAUAUGCUAAUAUCUGGUCAUCUGUUCAUUUACAACUACCCAUCAAAGUCUCCAAUAGUGUUGGCAUUAAUUCUGUCUUCUCUAAGCUAAUUCUGAUUCCAAGCUUACUUUAAUGGCUGAAAUCCUGGGCUUUACUAUGAACCUGGGUGGGUUUAUUCUAGGUCUGAAUGUGAGAGGCAUUUAGAGAAGUUAUUUAUGCUCUCUGAACCUUAGAAGUACAUCUGUCAAAUGGGAAUGAACGAUAGCAGCACCUAUGUCAUAGGCCAUUAUGAAGGUCAGAUGCAUGGGUAUACCUGACUUAGUGCAAUACCUGACCUGUUGAAUAUGUCAGACUGAUAGUGAUUAUAUUGUUAUUAUCUCUUCACCUCCAAAAGCUACUGUUAUGCUAUCUCCACCAACAGGCUGUCUUCCUAUCCCAGUCUCAUAUAUCCCUGGGAAACAUCCCUGUUCAGAGCAAGUGUAGCCGCCUACUCUUCCUCAACAACAUCUCCAAGAAUGAGACAAUUGUCUUUUCCUGGCAGCCAAGGCCUCUAGAUUUUGGGGAGAUAUCUGUGAGACCCAUGAUAGGGGAACUGGCUCCUGAAGAGACAGCUCCAUUUGUGGUGACCCUGAAGACCUCAGUGCAUGCUAGCUUUUACAGUGUGGACCUGAUAUGCAAGGUGUACCGGCAGGAGCUCAUGAAGCAGUACCACAAGGAGCUCCAGGAGUGGACAGAUGAGAAGGUGCGACAGGAGGCAGAAUUUACCAUCACAGACAGGAAAGUAAAGAAGAGAGCAUAUUGUACUGCCUGUGAGCCCAUGAGGAGGUACAAGACACUUCCCCCCAUCAAGAACAAGCAGUCUCUCAACUGGCCUGCCAGUUGGAACCUGAAGAUCACAAAGGAGGAGACAUCCUGGCCAUGCCCCCAGCCUCCCGCGACAGGCAUGCUGUGCCUGAGCCUCAGUGCCCGAGCCCAUCCCACUGACUACUUCUUGGACAACUUCUUCUCAGAGUUCUCCUGCCACUUCUUGCACAGCUAUGGGCAGCUACCACCAUGGCUUAUCCACCCCAUCCCAGCAUGGUGGCUUGCCCAGGCCACUCAGAUUGUUAUGGCCUGCCCCAGGGAGCUGCCAGAGAGGAAGACUCCCAGGGAAGAGUCAGAGGCUUCUGAAGAAGAAUUCCCUAACAAGGGGACACUUGUCUACAAGCAGAAGAAGCAGCUCCUGGUUGACUGCCUUACCAACAUCAUCAGGGGCAUGCUGGAAGACAAGAACUUCCACAAAGCUGUGGACCAAAUCCUGGUGGAGAAGGUGCCUUACUUCUGCCAGUUCUGGAAUGAGCAGUCAGCCAGGUUCAUGGUCCAGAAGAGCAAUCUGUACUUAGUGCCAAACCUGUCUCCACCCUCCAGCACCUGUGAAGAGGAGAAAAGCAAAGAGCAGGAGAAGGACAGACAGGGGCUGGGGGAGGAGGACAAACGGGGGCUGGGGGAAGAGGACAAACGGGGGUUGGGGGAGGAGGACAAACCUGGGUUGGGGGAGGAGGACAAACAGGGGCUACCCGCUUUCGCCAACCUGCAGGAGGCGCUGCUAGAGAACAUGAUCCAGAACAUUCUGGUGGAGGCGAGCCGCGGGGAGGUGGUGCUCACCUCGCGGCCGCGCAUCAUCGCUCUGCCGCCGCUCAGCGUGCCCAGGAUGCCGACCCUAGACCCUCUGCUGCCCACGCAGCAAGAGGAGGUAACCGUCCCGGUGGCGCCACCUCCUCCCGACUCUUUGCUGGCUACCGUGCCCAGCCUCUCUGACAUGCCGACCUAG